GGCAACACUGUACCUAACUAUCAUUCCCUUAUACUUUUUGGUACUUGUUUUUAUAUCGAAACAGUUAAUAAUCUCUUGCAUAUUUAUGAACGAUAAACCUAGUUAAUGUUUAAAUUUAGAAGAGUGUUAUUUGUUAUUCAAUAAAACCAUUUGCGAAAAGAAAAUAAUUGCCCUUCAACUAGUUUUUAGAAUUUGAAGGAAAAAUGCCAGGCAUAGCAACCAUGUCGCUUGACAAUAUGUUUUGUACCCGUUGCGGUGAUGGGUUUGAAACUAAUGAGAAGAUUGUUAAUUCUAAUGGAGAACUUUGGCAUACCAACUGUUUUGUCUGUGCGCAAUGUUUCCGUGUCUUUCCUGAGGGAAUUUUCUAUGAGUUUGAAGGACGAAAAUAUUGUGAACGAGAUUUCCAAGUGUUAUUUGCUCCUUGCUGCGGAAAAUGCGGGGAAUUCAUCAUCGGCCGAGUAAUAAAGGCCAUGAAUGCCAACUGGCAUCCUGCAUGCUUCCGUUGCGAAGAGUGUAAUGUGGAGCUAGCUGAUGCUGGAUUUAUCAAGCAUGCAGGUCGAGCGCUCUGUCAUGCGUGCAAUGCUCGUAUUAAAGAGGAUGGUUUACAAAACUACAUGUGUCAUAAAUGCCACGGUGUAAUCGAUGGAGAACCUCUUCGUUACCGUGGUGAGGUUUACCACGGUUACCAUUUCAACUGUGCGACCUGCGGCGUAGAACUAGAUCACACUGCUCGCGAGGUCAAACAUCGUUCUGGAUAUGCCGCCAAUGAUGUAAAUAAUCUCUUCUGUUUACGGUGCCACGACAAAAUGGGCAUUCCUAUUUGCGGCGCUUGUCGUCGCCCAAUUGAGGAACGAAUCGUGACUGCGCUUGGCAAACAUUGGCAUGUCGAGCACUUUGUCUGUGCAAAAUGUGAAAAACCUUUCCAUGGGCAUCGUCAUUAUGAGAAGAAGGGACUUGCUUACUGCGAGCAACAUUAUCAUCAACUCUUUGGCAAUUUGUGUUAUGUGUGCAACCAAGUUAUUGCUGGCGAUGUUUUCACGGCGCUGAACAAAGCGUGGUGCGUACACCACUUCGCGUGCUCUGUGUGCGACGCACCCCUUAGCACCAAGAGCAAGUUCUACGAAUACGACGAACGUCCUGCCUGCCGCCGCUGCUACGAGCGGUUCCCGCAGGAAUUGCGCCGCCGCUUGAGACGCGCACAUCAGUACACCACUCGACGUUGACCCAAUUUUAUCAACAAUAAUGUAAGGAAAUACGAACCGUAAUAAUCUCAUUUUUAUAAUCGAUUUCAAAAAGGAUGAGAACAUCCAUCCAUUUAAUUUUGUUUUUUUUUUUGUGUUAAAUGAUACUAUAUCCUAUUUUAAUCUAAAGGGUUUCCUUGUUGGAGUUCCGUACAAAAAAAGAAAUUCCGAAUCGCGGUAUCAAUAAUAAUAACUGUAGGGUGAAAUACAAUAAACACAUUUGUACACAAGGUCAUUUUAUCUCAUUUCUGUGUAUGGAACCCACGGCGUGGAAGUUCCAUUUGCAUCAGACCAGUUUUUUUUUUUUUUUUGUAAAGGCGUGAAUAUUGUUGUGCAAAAUGAAAUCGAUAUCAUUAGUAUCCUUUUAACGGAUUGUUCUACCAGUGAAUCUGCGAGCACUUCUCAAGGAAGUGUAAGUCGAAAGAAAAAGCAAAAAUAUUAAAUUUUGCAUUCUAACUUGACACCUGAAUUGUUUAAUUAUACUGGUAAGGAGAACAUUCUCUUGAAAGAAGGCCAAUGAUUUCGAUUUUACGCUGUAUAUGUGAUGUAUUUUUAUUAUUUUAUUUUUCAUAUUCUCAAGUUAGGAGUUACUUGCAGGAGUAGGUACAGAGAAGUAUUAAACAGUUUAUCUUGCAGUAUCUUUUCAUAAUUUGGUAAUAUGUAAAUUGGACGUAAUCUGUUCUUUACAAUUUUAGUAUGCCUUAAUAUUUAUGUAUUUUCGUUUCCAUUGGAUAUAUAUAAUAAAGGACUUUGUUUAAAAUUAAUAUGCAUGACAAGUAUAAAGACUGAUCCAAUUUUAUACUUAUUUGUUAUGAACAUUUGUGUGUGUAUAUAUCCAUGAAGUGCCUAAUAUACUUAUUUUGACAUUUAAUAGUUAUUUUAAAUAAUAUUUAUAUAUACUGAUAUUACAUAUAUAAAUACAUAAUAACUAUAAAAGUUACAUACUUGUAAGUAUAAAUUUAACAUCUAUUUAAUAAUUCUAUUUAAAAAUAUACUUUCAUACAAAAUACUGUAUGUUAAUCUCGUUUUAAGGUCUUAACAACUGAAUUUUUAUUGCACUAAUAUAGAUUAUAUAUCAAAUACAAAAAAAAGAUUAAUUUCUGUAAUAAUAAAUAAAAAAUGAAUACGCAUGAAUUAUAAUAAUAUGAAUACACGAGUAUUUAAAAUAUAAUUUUAAUAAAUUGUAAACUAAGUUAUUUUAAGAUUUUGAUGUAUGCAUUAAUUUUGUGCCUAAAUUAAUAUAUUUUUACUGUCACA